UGUGUGCAUGUGUGUCCACCUGUGUCUAGGCUUGACCGUUCCUAGGUGUGUGUGUGUGUGGGUAUGUCCGGGUGUGCUCCUCCCAAAAGCUUGUGUGAGAGACCGUGUGUGGCCGGACAGGGGGACCUAGCCUGGGGCCACCAGAUUCCCCAGCUCCUUGCACGCCCUCACUGCCUUGUCUGGCCCGUAGAAGGCUCUGGAGGGGCUGGGAGCCUGUGGACCGCAAAGUGUGUGGGUGACAGCAUGUGGGGCUAAGGAGGGUUGCUCUUUCUUCUCCUCCCUCCUCCCCAGGCCCGUCUUAAAGGGGAGUCUGAAACCCCUGCCCCAUUCUGACCAGGGCUUCAUUUGUUCAGGGAACGUGUUCUGGGCACUUUGCAGGGACUACCUCCAUUAUAGGCCUUCCAGAACUCUGAGGUGGGAGCCGUCAUCAUCAUCAUUUUACAGAUGGGGAAACUGAGCUCAGACUAAGUCAGUCAUCCAGCUCUACACCCGGUCAUCCGGGUCUCAGAGCCCCCGUGCUCCAUCAACAGACAAAUGGGAAAUUCUUUUUUCUUUUGGAUUCAUCUGAGACAAAGUUCCAUGAUUUUUCCCCAUGGGAUUGUCCCCUAGGAACAAUGGAAGGAAGGAAAUGCCAGAAAGCUGAGAGGAAGAGGAGGAAAGAGGGAGCCACCGGCUUUGCGGAAGCACGGACCCUGGGCCACACUGGGUUCAGCCGUCACCAGCCCCCUGGACAAGUCACCUUACAGGGCCACUGUGACUUUGUGGGCUCCUUUAAAAUUUUGCUUGAAAAAUCACAGUUUGUGAUUCCACUGCCGUAAGGACAAAUAUAAUCUGGGUUGGAUCAGAUUCACCUUUUUUGACAUCAGGGCCCCUUGGCUCACUGUGCCUCUUGGGUGAAUUGGGUCUGGUUACGUCCCUGUCCAGCCACCAGACGAGCUAGUGUGGUUGACCUCACAGUAUGGGGAUGGGAGCCAGAGACUGCCAGUGCAGAAAUAAUACCUUUUUAAAAAUCAAAUUGUGUUUCAAAACCGAUGACCUUGAUACUGCAUCCAGGGAAACAAAAGAAUACAAAGGAAAAAAUGCACAACUCCUUCUCAUUCCCACUUGGUCCCCCUCAAGGCGCCACCUGGUGUCUUUCAUUCCCUGUUCUUGCCCCAGGGCUCAGAAAUGACACACGGGAGCAUACCCACCCACAUGUGCUGCCUUUUUUUUUUUUUUUUUUUUAAUGUUUAUUUUUGAGAGAGAGAGAGACAGAGCAUGAGCAGAGGAGGGGCAGAGAGAGAGGGAGACACAGAAUCCAAAGCAGGCUCCAGGCUCCGAACUGUCAGCACAGAGCCUGACUUGGGGCUCGAACUCAUGGACCGCAAGAUCAUGACGUGAGCCAAAGUCAGAUGUUUAACGGACUGAGCCACCCAGGCGCCCCGAGAACAGCUUUUUGAAAAGACAGUUGUCAAUAAUGAUGUCUGCUGUAAGAAGAUGGUGGAAGGGCGGGGAGAGUGUUGCCACUUGAGCUCAGGGGUCUGGGGGUGGGGGACUUGUCCAAGCAGGUGACCGUGGGGAGGAGCUAGCCACGGGAUGGGCAUUUCUGAAGAGGGAGGCACAUGGGAAGGCCGACGUGCCUGGGGCCAAGUGUUCGAGGUCUGGGCCGCGUGGGAAGACUGUGGAUGAUCUCUGAUGCUGUGGGAAACCACUGGAGAGUUUUAAGCUGGAGGACAUGUUUCUUGAGGGCUUGCUGUAGGCCAGACUCUGUGCUAUGGAGUUUGCGGACGUGGGUCGUGGGUCAUAAGAGACCUGUGCCCACGCCUUUGUGAUCAACGGUGGGGAUUCCGAGCAUCCACACUGUUGACGUUCGUCUCGUGCAGUGAUUGAACAGCAUCCUUGGUCUCCACCCACCAAAUGCUCAUGGCGUGACGUGCCCCCAAAUUGUGGCACCUACAAAUGUCUCCAGGUGUUGCCCAAUGUCUCCUGGGGCCAAAAUCACCCCCGGGAGAGAACUGGUAUUCUAAAGGUUUCUGCCAGCCUGUCCUUAUGUGUGACCUGCAUAGUUAAAAUCACAAAUUUUUGCUUGUGAAAGUGGGGGGCCAUUUGGCCUCAAAAAGGCCCUUCUUUGUCUUUGUGGUUCUUACACCUUAAGAAUUUCGUUUGGAAAUUACACACUUUAGUAAUUCCGUUUGGAAAUUAUGGUUCUGGACCCCCAUCCCACAUGGUUUGAUGCAGAGUGUCUGGACGGGGGCCUAGGGAUGUGUGUUCUGAAUAAUAAUAAACAUCCCUAGUGAUUUCUGGCACUUGGAGAAAUGGCACGGUAGCUAACCGUCUGUGCCUGUUCCAGGUGAUCCUGAGGGAGGUCUAGGGAGGCAUAUUUUUGGCUUCUAGCAGAAGGAAAACGUGUUUCUAUUCAGAGGUAUUGGCAACAUAGGUAGUGAGCUCCCCAUCACUGGAGGCAUGCAAGUCCUGGCAGGUCACCAUGGAACCAAGAGUGAACCAACAUACCCUAAACUCCCAGGAAUUUGCCCUAACCUGUGCCACCUGUCCAAAGUAAAACUUUGUCUUUUAUUUAAAUUGGCUCACUGGUUUUUAAAUUUUAUUUAUUUAUUUUACUUAAAUCAGCUGCGUUUCAAAGGGCAUUCUGUGUGACUGCCGUAACCGGAAGCGGGGCAUUGCUGUAAAAAAGGAGACCCAUUGAAACAAAGCUGACGGCUUCCCACUGGACCCAUAACAGUAAUAACCGCUGAUAUGUCUGGAGCUCUUACAGUGAGCUGUAAGGCUCCGGUUCCUUCUGUGUGUGUGUCACUUGAACCUCACAGUUACUCCACGAAAUGUGGGGAAGCUCCCCCAGGGGUGGGGAGUGGGGCCCCAGACCAGCACUCGGACACUCGCACACUCUUGCUGGGUGAGUGGCUGUGGGUGGGUGUCCGGGUGUGCCUUCGAGAGGCAGCGAGCACGUGGGUGGACCUGGACGUACCCUGCCCAGCUCCAUUCCCUGUGGAAUCUUGGGCACGUGGCUUAGCUCUCGGGCCUCAGUUUUCUCAUCUGUGAAAUGGGGUGGAAAUAGGACUCACCUUGAGGAGCAUUAGGAUUGAAGGAGAGACGUGUGUCUGGGCCCUUGCAUGCAUCGGCCCGUUCCUGUCACCCUGGGCGCUGGAGGGAUGGCCACCCAGCUGCUGACUGACGAGGCCCUGGAAUCAGUGACAUUCAGGGACGUGGCCGUGGACUUCACGCAGGAGGAGUGGCAGCAGCUGGAGCCUGCCCAGAAGGACCUGUACAGAGAUGUGAUGCUGGAGAACUACAGGAACCUGGUUUCUCUGGACUUGGAGUCUAGACCUGAAAUGAAGGAAUCGGGUCCAAAGGAGGACAUUGCGGAACACAGGCCAUCCGUCGGGGCGGUGGCCGAGGGACCCACGAGAAAUGGUGCCUGCGGCCUGGCCUUUGAAGGCGCAUGGACCCUGGGUGACUGGGUGGAGAGGAGGCAGCAGGGGGGCGCCAGGACAUGCCUGGGGCGGUCGGAGGUUUCUCAGGAGCUUGCCCCCGAGUGUCGUCGGGAACCUCAGGUCCUCACCCCCCAAAGCUCCAGCCUGCGCCCGCCACCAUCGGCGGGUCCGGGGGAAGCAGGGUCCCAGCCGCGUGUGGUGCUCUGCGCAGACCUCAGCCAGCCCUCCAGACUGGACGCAGAGGAGAAGCCUUACGCGUGCGCCACGUGCGGCAAGGCCUUCAGCCGCAGCUCGUCCCUCGUGAAGCAUCGGAGGACCCACACCGGGGAGAGGCCCUUCGAGUGUGACGAGUGCGGGAAGCACUUCAUCGAGCGCUCGUCCCUCACCAUCCACCGCAGGGUCCACACCGGGGAGAAGCCGUACCGCUGCGGGGACUGCGGCAAGGCUUUCAGCCAGCGCAUGAACCUGACCGUGCAUCAGCGCACGCACACGGGCGAGAAGCCGUACGCGUGCGCCGCGUGCGGGAAGGCCUUUCGCAAGACCUCGUCCCUGGCGCAGCACGAGCGCGUGCACACGGGCGAGCGGCCGUACGCGUGCGGGGACUGCGGCAAGGCCUUCAGCCAGAACAUGCACCUGACCGUGCAUCGGCGCACGCACACGGGCGAGAAGCCGUACGCGUGCGCCGAGUGCGGGCGCGCCUUCAGCCAGAACAUGCACCUGACCGAGCACCGGCGCACGCACACGGGCGAGAAGCCGUUCCGCUGCGGGGACUGCGGCAAGGCCUUCAACAAGAGCUCGUCGCUGACGCUGCACCGGCGGAACCACACGGGCGAGAAGCCGUACGUGUGCGGCGAGUGCGGCAAGGCCUUCAGCCAGAGCUCCUACCUGAUCCAGCACCAGCGCUUCCACAUCGGGGUCAAGCCCUUCGAGUGCAACGCGUGUGGCAAGGCCUUCAGCAAGAACUCGUCGCUCACGCAGCACCGGCGGGUGCACACGGGCGAGAAGCCGUACGAGUGCUCCGUGUGCAGGAAGCACUUCACGGGCCGCUCGUCCCUGCUCGUGCACCAGACGGGCCACACCGGCGAGAAGCCGUACGCGUGCGGCGAGUGCGGCAAGGCCUUCAGCCAGAGCGCGUACCUCAUCGAGCACCAGCGCAUCCACACGGGCGAGAAGCCGUACCGCUGCGCCCAGUGCGGCAAGGCCUUCAUCAAGAACUCUUCGCUCACCGUCCACCAGCGCAUCCACACCGGCGAGAAGCCCUAUAGGUGCGGCGAGUGCGGGAAAACCUUCAGCCGGAACACCAACCUCACGCGCCACCUGAGGAUCCACACCUAGGGGGAGGCGUGGGGGACGCCUGGU